AUGGGAGAGUUAAUCCGAUCACAGUUAGUCUCAUAUGGUCAGUUAAUCGUGCCCAUGAGUGUAGCUGAGGAGACCAUUCAAUUAAUAGGUGAGUUAAAUUGUGUUCAAUUUGUUGACUUGAAUAGUACUGAGUUAAGUUUCAACCGUCGUUAUUGCAACGAGUUAAAGCGUUGUGAUGAAUUAGAGCGGAAAAUGCGGUACUUCAAUGAGAUGAUAACCAAAGAGGAAGAACGUCCUGACUUUGGUGGUUUAAAAUUCCAGCGCAUUUCUGAAGUGUUUGAUACGGAGCGGGAGUCCACUGAGAAUUUAGAGUUACGGAUGGAGUCUUUAGAGAAGGAAUUGAAGCAAAUAGAGUCUGAUUGUACGAUCAAUGAGAAUGAGUUAGAGAAGUUAGAAGAGGGUUUAUUAGUCUCAAGUAACAUGGACAAUUUAUUUGAGAACAUGGCGGAUAUCAGUGUUGGUGGUUUGAAGUAUGUCAUUGGAGUAGUUGAGAAGACCAAAUACGAUGCCAUCCAACGACUGAUAUGGCGAAUCUCACGAGGACUUGUUUUGAUUAAAUCGACUGAUUUGUCGGAGAACUCAAAUUUACGGAACUUCUUAGUGUUAUUCCAAGGCGAUGAUUUAGAAGUCCGGAUCACCAAGUCGUGUCAAUCAUUAGGUGUUCGAAUGUACACUAAAGUUCCUUUAGAUCAGCUUGAACGUCGCAAUUUUGUUGAAGAAGCUUUGAAUAGUAAACAAACGUUGUCUGAACUCUUUGAAGGGAGUACCAAGCAGAAGCGAGAAUUAUUAAAGAAAAUAGCAAUUAAAUUAGAAGACUGGAAAGAGACAGUAACACGUGAGAAACUCAUUUACUUCACUUUGAAUAUGUUCCGAGUCGAUAGAGGACAAACAUUAACAGGAGAGUGUUGGUAUCCGUCCGCUCGCUUUGAUGAUAUUGUCCAAAAACUGGGGCAAUUGGACCAAAGUAAUAUGUCCCCCGUGUUCACCCCUAUCCCCCCACACCCUAAAGCUAUUGUCCCGACUUUUAAUAAGACGAAUUCGUUCACACAGACCUUCCAAGACUUGACGGAUUCAUAUGGUACGCCGCACUAUGGAGAGAUCAACACGGCGUGGUUGAAUAUCGUCACCUUCCCGUGGCUCUUUGGUGUGAUGUUUUCCGAUUGUGGGCACGGCUUCUUCAUCUUCUUGUUUGGCUUGUCGUUCAUCAUCUUUGCGAAGAAGUUACAAGGGAAAGCGAUGAACGACAUCUUUGUGAUGUUAUUUGAUGCGCGGUAUCUGUUAAUGUUGAUGGGAUUGUACUCGAUGUACUGCGGGUGUCUCUUCAACGAGUUCUUUGGGUUCUCCAUUGACUUUUUUGGGACUGCGUGGGAUGUGAAGAAUGAGAGUAAAGGGGUGUACGAGCGUUCUGAUAAUGGUUACAUCUAUUACUUUGGAGUUGAUCCCAUUUGGAAGUCGUCCAACAACGAGUUGUACUAUUUGAAUUCGCUGAAGAUGAAGUUGUCGAUCUUAAUUGGUGUCUUCCAUAUGAUCUUUGGUAUCAUUCUGUCGCUCUUCAAUUACAUCCAUAUGAAGAAAUACAUCAACAUUUGGUUCCAUUGGAUCCCUGAGAUGAUCUUCAUGAUCUGUUCCUUUGGAUAUUUGUGCUUCUUAAUCAUCUUCAAAUGGUGUGCGCCGUUCCAAGAAGGUGCGCCAAUGCUGACGAACGUCUUUUUGGAGAUGUUCCAGAACUUUGGGAUUGUCACUGAAGAAAACCAUAUUUAUAGUGGACAGGAAGUCAUUGAACCAAUUUUGUUGGUGCUGGUCAUCAUCUCGUUAAUCCUCAUGUUUGUACCUAAACCAGCGAUUUUAUAUUACCGACUCAGAAAACACCAAAAAGCACUUCCCGAGUGUCGGCCACUCCUUUCAGAAGGAGGGAAUACGGAAGAAUCGAUGUUUGAAGAUAAUAUGGUGCCCCCAGCGACGGAUACGGACAGUUUGAUAUUCCAAGUGAAAGAGGAGAAGAAAGAAAGUGGAGAAGAAGAGGAAGAAGAUAAUGAAGAAGGAAACUCUUUGAUGGAAAUCAUCAUCUUUAACUCGAUUCAUGGCAUCGAAUUUGUACUUGGAUGUAUCUCAAAUACAGCAUCAUAUCUCAGACUGUGGGCGUUAUCACUCGCACACGCGGAACUUAGCGCUGUCUUCUUGGAGAACGUAUUCUACUUGUUGCUCGGGAUGAAGAUCUGCGUGACUAUCUUUGUCGGAUUCGCUGUGUGGGCUAUGAUCACUUUGGCAAUUUUAAUUGGAAUGGAAUCACUCUCUGCUUUCUUACAUACCCUCAGAUUGCACUGGAUCGAAUUCCAAAAUAAGUUCUAUGUCGGAGAUGGUGUGCCAUUCACUCCAAUUAAGUUGGAGCCAAGAAAGUCGUUCUUCGAUCAAGUUGAUAGCAGACAAUAA